AUGGCUGGAAAGGGAAAAUCAGGAAGAGGAAAGGGAGCAGGAACUGGAACUAAACCAGUUUCAAAGUCAGCAAAGGCAGGACUUCAAUUCCCAGUUGGAAGAAUUGCAAGAUUCAUGAAGCAAGGCAGAUAUGCAGAUCGUGUUGGUGCUGGAGCUCCAGUUUACUUAGCAGCAGUUUUGGAGUAUUUAGCUGCUGAAGUACUUGAAUUGGCUGGAAAUGCUGCAAGAGACAACAAAAAGACUAGAAUCGUGCCAAGACACAUUCAGCUUGCAAUCAGAAAUGACGAGGAGUUGAACAAGCUAUUGAAUUCAGUAACUAUUGCAAGUGGUGGUGUGCUUCCAAAUAUUCACGUAUUCCUCCUCCCAAGAAAGGGCAAGGAGCAUUCUACUAUUGCAAGUGGUUCUUGGAUGUCAGAUCUAGCCAGUAUCGAUAAGCAGAUUGAGGAAGAAGACUUGAGAAAUUCUGUUUAUAAGAAGAGACUACUUUAUUUGAUUCCAUUCCAGUUCUUCUGCCUUUGGGGAACAAUCAAGUAUUUCCAAAAUAUCUAGAGAAUUGCAAAAUUAUUCUGGCCAAGAAGGCAAAAGGCCACAAUCUUUAAUUUCUUCAUUAUUGGAACAGCCUAAUCCAUAUUAUUCACUACUUUCUAUGUUGGAGGCAGUUGUGCUAUUAUGGGCAUUAAUCCAAUAAAAGUAUGGUAGAAGAAGUAAAUACUGUCUGGGGGUCCAUCAGAAGAGGAACUUACAAUGGAUGAAAAGGUUAUUGAAGAGCAAGUUAAGGGAAUGCGCACAUCUGAUGCUUUUACUCUAAGAAUGUUCAAAGCUAUGGGACUCUCAGAACAAACAAUGGUUGCAAUUGAGAAAGAUUUGAGAUAAUAGCAAGCAAACGCUUUAAAACCUAAGCAACAAUAAGUGAAAUCAGAAUCAAAUGCUGGAAAAUGA